AUGUCUCCCCCACGAUACAAGUCCUCAUCCUUCUCAAUUGUUCAAGGACAGCUACUUCGCCUACGUGAGGAGAUCAAGCCUGUAAUAUGGGGGUCAUGUCGAUGGUAUAUAAUGCUGCGUGCCCACUGCCCCAUCCGAACCGUCGAAGAAGAGCAGCAAGAGCUGUUCAAGGAUGCGAAGCCCUGCACCGUCCCCGACGCCACAUUCGCGAGAGCAGUCGACCGAGCGCUGUGA